AUGAAAAUUUUCAAAUUAUUUUUAUUUACAUUAAUUUUAUUUUUUAUAAAUUUAUUUUUUGUAAAAUCGAGUUUUAAAAAUGAUGAAAAUUUCAACAUACCCUUAAAUGUCUUAUUUAGCAAAGGAAAUCACAUGAGAAAAAGAGUAUGUAAUGAAUGUUUUUAUAAAAAUGAAGUAAAUUUAAUAUUUCAUAGUUGUAAAGCUUUUGAAAAUGUAAAGAAUAACAAAAUAAACAGAAAGAAAAUAGUAUAUUUUAUUAAAGAGUCACCGAGAUUUAUUAAAAAAUUUGUUUCUAUGAAAUCGAAGUCAAACAUUUAUGAAAUUUUAUCCAUGAAAACUUUAAGAAUAUUCCUUUUAAAUAAAACUACACUAUUGCUAAACGGAUUUAAUUUAUUAAAAUAUACAUAUUUGAGAUAUAAUUAUACAAGAAGUAUACUAGGUUUUUUUCAGACAAUUCUUCUAAGAUUUCUUGUGGUUUAUUUUAUUCAGUUGUGUUCUUCUUUUCUAUUAUUUCAUUACUUUAAUAUGUUUUCUCAAAAAACACAAGCAUAUGUUCUCCAUAUAAGUGGAUCAAAAAUUAUUUCUAGAAUUAUUGGAUUUCUUGAACUUAAUUUAAUUAAUUAUUAUAUCAAUAUUUUUAGCGAAAUUAUUCAAAUUUUAAUUAUUAGAAUGCUAUUUAAACAACACGAUGUGUGUUUAAUUAAGACAUUAUUAUAUAAUAGUGAAGAUUAUUUAGUACAUACAAAUUUAAAAAAUAAAUAUGCAAUAUUAUAUCAAUGUGCAAAAAAUUUUGUUAUUACAAGAAUUAAUAAAUUGAGUUUAUUUACUUUCAAUUAUUUGCGCUACUUUGUAUUAACAAAUUUGUUCUUUAAAUUCUUUGAUGGAACAUAUAAUAAGUUUUCCCCAAGUGAUGUAAAAAUGCCUGGUGUAUAUUCUGAUACAAAAAAAAGUCUUGAAAAGGAUAUGAAAUAUGCAACCAAAAAAGAAAUUGAUAUAUUAAGGAAUUUUUGUAAACAUACUGGAUGUCAUACAUGUGGAGUAGUUUGUCAUGAAAAAUUCAUUGGAGAUCAUCAACCUCCAAUACAAGUUAUUAAAGAUAUGAUUGAAUAUUAUAAAGAUAAAAAAUUCAAAUUAUAUUUUCUUAAAUUGUUUAAAUUAUAUGAUACAAAACAACGCUUAUAUCCUCAAUGUGUAAGAUGUUCUCAAAUACAGUCUGCAUCUGUAAGAUGUAAAAAAUUAAAACUAAUACCCCAUUAUUAUACUAUCAGAAUAUUUCAUUUUUCUAUUAUUUUUCAUUUGUUUCUUAAAAUGAUUUUGUUAACAAAUUGGAGAAAAAUUAUUAUUUGGGAUGGUGAGAAUGUAAAGCCAAUAUAG